AUAAUUAACGGCUGCGCGUGUAGAGAGAGUUCAAGUUACUUUAUCAAUUCUUUCUUUUUCGGGACCUAACAAUACUCAUACUUGCACUUAAGUAGGCGGAGUGAAAGCCAAGUCAUAAUUUCGACGAUGCGUAUACAUAUAUAGAAUCAAUCAACUGAUUAAUUGCAGCUGUGCAACGCUUGAGUUUUUGCCUCAGCCUUUCGUCUGGUGACAUAGUUUACUCGAUUAAUUAUGUGCGAACAGCUAUGUUUUCCGCUCAUCUGGCGCAUUUAUCAGAUGGUGCCAUAUUUCCUCGGAGAAGAAGGCAUUGAAUGUCAGUGGUGUUCGGAUUACACUAAAGUCGGUCAAUAACUUCGGACCCCUGCACAAAGCGUUUAAGUGACCACAAGUGAUCGAGAUGUUCCUCUUGUUGUUUACCCCCUUGCCAACUGAUCUUAAGUUUGGGAUGCCACGCUAGUUUAGUUGACCGGUUUAAUGACUCGAACUUAAUUUGCGCCCUCGGAGAGAGGAAAGUAGCCAGCAAAAAAUGCAAGCCGAAAAAUAUGCGAAACAACCAGGCAGACAACACCCAACGGCAAAAACUCGGCCUGGAGAGAAAGAGGCAGUGGCAGCGACGCGUCUGGGGGCUUACAAUGGCGGUCGCAACACUAGUGGCGCUUGUAAAUAGAGACAUAACGAAAAGGUAUUAAAAAUGAUGCGGCAAAAGAAAUAACUGCACUAUUUUCCAUAAAAAUAUUUUGAAAAAUAAACUGUUGCGCCGUUUUUAGAGAUCUUAAAAACCUCUUUACGUCAACUUUGAUAACUAAUUGAGUUCCUUUGCAUAGUUAUGAUUUUUAAAAAUAACAAUUUAAGAUACAUGAUAUUCCCUACAUGAACAAUUAGUGGUUUAUAAUAAAUAAGCAACCUAAUGCGUAAGAUCCCAC